AUAGGGAUGCUCUAUUAGGGUUUAAUAUGCCUUACGUUCCUCCUCACAGGCGCCUCGGGGAGGCCAAGCGAUCGCCCCAGGCGCUGGGCGGGCGGAGGAUCACCGUUCCAUUUCCGGUGAUCAGGGAAGCUGCUAGCUGCAUUUUACAGUUUCAUGUCCUCUCCGGCGAGGCGCGCCUCGAAUUCCAGGUUUUUCAAGGGGAGACCUACGCUCAUCUGGAUGGUAAGCAGCAGUACAUUGUCACUGUUGUGGACGACGGCGAUCAUCCAGGAAACACCAAUGGAUCUCUGGCUGAGAACAUUGGAAUAGAGUCCCUCUCUCUGGAUGUUAUGACAGCGACGCGAGGCAGGGCAGGGUCGCUUGCAGCUUCGAGCGUGCACGAUUCACGAGGCAAGCUCAAGAUGGUUUUGCGACUUGGAACGAUUGUGUUCCGAAAAGAUACCCAACAGGUCCAAAGCUUCAGUCCAGGAUAUCUUGAGGAGGAAUCCUCAAGGCUUAGGAGGACCUUCCACACAGCAAUAGCGCCAGAACUUUUCCACCAGUUUGAGCACCUUGCUCUACAACAAGAGGCUGUGGAAGUCACCACUUGCGAACGCUACCACUUCAAGGUGAAGGACAUUGAUCGUCCUCGUUACCUUGUCAGGUGUGUGUGCGAGCGAGCUCAUGAAAGCGAGCAUUCUCUAGUCUUGAAGAAGCUCAAGCUUGAUCCAUUAAGGCAUCUUGUGUCUGAUUAUCUGUGCGUAGGACGCAAAACGGACUUGCGUAUCGCAGUCUACUCUGAGACGCUGCUUACCGACGUUCCAGACGAGGAGAGAGCUGCCUAUGAAGCACUGGCCAGCGCUGCUGUUGUAGACGACACUGUCAAGGGCGGUUUGCGUUGGCCACUGGGUCGCGACUCCUUUGCAAAGCGCUUCAGCGUUUGCAACGUCGAGCAUCGCAGAGUGACCAUAAUUCGAGGCAAGGAAACGCAGUGGAAGUUUAUGGUCGCCAAUCGCGCGGAGAUGGAGGCGUCUGCUGGAAGGGUAACGUAUGAGUUGAACCUUCAUGCGAUCGACUGGGAGGGGAACGAAGAUCUGGCGUCGAGCCAUCUGCGAGACCUGGUAAACUGCGCUGGAGCUUGCAUCUAGCAAACGGUUUGGGUUUUUUUUAUAGUUUUUGUGCUAAGUUUGUAAAUACAUGGAAGUUUGCGGAGUUU